AUGACCAUCGACACUAUUAUUCUCGACAUUGAAGGAACUGUGUGUCCAAUUUCAUUUGUCAAAGAUACGUUGUUCCCUUACUUUAUUGCCAAACUCCCUGCUGAGCUAGCUAAGUUUGAUUAUCCAUUGAACCAAGUUGGGUCUGACAACCCCAUAAUCAAUAUUUUAGACAAUCUACCUUCAAAUAUAACUGAAUCAGCACAGUCAGUUUACGACUAUUUGAAAAAUUUAGUGGAUUCCGACAUCAAAGAUCCCGUGUUGAAGUCGUUGCAAGGUUUGAUCUGGACUCAGGGUUAUGACUCUGGUGAAUUGAAAGCUCCAAUUUACCCUGACUCCAUCGAAUUCAUUGAAUCGUUUCCUAAUAGAAAGCGCAAAAUUUUUAUUUAUUCUUCGGGCAGCAUUGGUGCUCAAAAAUUGUUAUUUGGACACGUGGAUAAUGGAACAGACAAGUCAAUAGAUUUGAAUAAAAAAUUGAGUGGUUAUUUUGAUAUAACCACAGCAGGUCACAAGACGGCAUAUACAUCGUACUCAAAGAUUUUAAAAGAGAUUGGAAAGGAAGAUGAUCCACAGUCGGUACUUUUUCUAAGUGACAAUGUGGACGAGGUGAAGGCCGCUUUGAAAGCAGGAAUAGAAAGCUACAUCGUUAUCAGACCAGGUAACGCACCAAUUUCAGACGACGACAAACUGAAAUACAAGACAAUUACAGCAAUGUCACAACUAGGCAUAUAG